GCUCGGACGUGGAAGAUAUCGAUCCGAACAUGGAUCUGGCACGCAUCUGUCGUAAAACAUGCGAUGUCAAACUCUGUUUGGUGUGAUAUUCCCGGUGAAUGGAAUUUCACUAUUGGCUGCAGUCAACUGGACCCUCAAAUUCCAGGUCCCGAUGAUGAAUUUGGCGUUUCGCAUUUUCCUUUGUCUCCCAAAUCCGGAUGUUUGUUACGAAAGGCCCAGGUUCCGAAUGCUAUGACGGCUCCUCCCGCUCGCUACCACCUCUCUUUCGAAGCACGAUCUGGAGAAGAAAAUCAGGCCACAAGCCUAGGAUUCCUUUCCCUUAUUCUCGUAAGCCUCGCUUUAUAGCGACCCUUUUCCCUCUUACAUACUCAGACGUCUUUGUAUUCCUUCCAUCACCGAAUUCUUAGCCGCUUUCUUGGGAGAUAAACGGCUCGACUUUUCUUAGAUUUCGGAAUAAUCGACGUUUUGGAUUUGAGCAACAGAGCCCUUUGUCCGCGCUGCAACAAGGCCCAAGCCUAACAAUGCUUCCGAA